AUGGACGGCCUUUCGGGCGCAGCAAGCGUCAUCGCAGUAAUCGACAUAUCCGCCAAGAUCGCCUCGCUCUGCUACCAGUACUCCGUGGCUGUCAAGGACGCGAUAGAUGAUAUCGAGCGUGUGCGGAGAACGGUCAGCGAUAUCACCCACGUCCUGGAGAAGAUUAAGCAGCUCCUCGGCAGCCAGGACAAGACGCGGCUCUCUACCACCCAGGACCUGUUUAGCUCGCUCGAACAAUGCCGAGAGGAGCUGAAGAGCGUAGGAGCAAAGCUAGAUCCAGGAAAAACUCGCAAGACUAUGAGUCGUUUUGGCCUCCGUGCGCUCAAAUGGCCGUUUACAAGUAAGCAGGUGGACAAGAUCGUUUUAAACUUGCAAGGAUACGAGCAGACAUUCAGCUUAGCACUGCAGGUCGACCAGACAGUUGUUGUGUUCAACAUAGACCAGAAGCUUGAUCUGGCCAAACUGCCUGUCGCGAUAGGCGCCUCCUUCAACUCCCACAACGAAGAGCACAACGCACGAUGCCUACCGAACACCCGCACCGAGCUGCUAGACGAGAUCACAAGAUGGGCGAACAACAAGGAUGGCAAGUCGAUAUUCUGGCUGAGCGGCAUGGCGGGCACGGGAAAGUCUACGAUAGCGCGGACGGUCGCUCAGUCGUUCGCCAGUCGAGGGCAGCUUGGAGCCAGCUUCUUCUUCAAGAAAGGCGAGGGCGAGCGCGGCAACGCCUCACGGUUCUUUACCACCAUCGCCACCGAUCUAGUUGCCUGCGAGCCAGGGAUGCUGCCUGGUAUUAGGAAGACGCUCGACGAGAACCCGACGAUCUCACACAAGGCCCUGAAAGAUCAGUUCGAGAAGCUGAUCUUGCAGCCACUCUUGGGAAUAAAGCAGGCUCGUUCGCAGGUCGUGGCGCGUGUUAUCGUGAUCGACGCGCUGGACGAGUGUGAGCGAGAAGCAGACAUUCGAACGAUCCUCCAGCUGCUCGCUCAGACAAAAGACGUUCGCCCGGUGCCGCUGCGGAUUGUGGUGACUAGCCGGCCCGAGCUCCACAUCCGCCUGGGCUUCAGAGAGAUGCCGAACGGCACAUACCAAGACCUCGUCCUCCAUGAGGUACUAAGGAGCACAAUUGAACAUGACAUCCGUCUGUUCCUGGAGCAUGAGCUUGGUGUGAUACGAAAAGAACGCAUGCUAGCCUUGGGCUGGCCUGCGCAACAACAGAUCAUGGCCUUGGUUGAGCUAGCUGUGCCACUAUUUAUCUAUGCUGCUACCGUAUGUCGAUAUGUUGGCACAAAAGGAGGCGACCCUGAAGAGUACUUGAACAAGGUCUUGCAGUAUCCGAAGGCGGCUUUUUCACAGCUCGACCGAACCUACCUUCCCGUCCUAGACCAAUUGCUUGUUGAGCAGGAAGAAAGAGAUAGAGAAGACUGGCUGCACGCCUUCCGUGGACUCGUAGGUAGCAUAGUCAUUUUAGCGAGCCCACUUCCUCUCGGCUCCCUUUCGCGCCUUCUUCAAGUUCCACAGAAGCAAGUCGAACGUCGGCUGGACGCCCUGCACUCCGUUCUCAGUGUUCCCAACAGUGAGGAUAUUCCGAUCAGACUCCUGCACUUGUCUUUCCGCGAGUUCCUCGUCGACCCCCAAAAACAGGGAAAGAGCCUGUUCUGGGUGGAUGAGAAAAGCACACACAAGAAGCUUGCAUCUCGCUGUCUUGAGCUUAUGUCUGGAUUAACCGGCCUACACCAAGACAUGUGCAGCCUUUCAGAGCCUGGGGUCCUAAGAAGCGAGAUCGACGAAGGUACGAUUGCUAGCAGUCUGCCACCUGACCUACAGUAUGCGUGUCGUUACUGGGUGGAUCAUCUCAAGCAGGGUCAACAAAACAUCGUAGACGGAGACAUAACGCACCUCUUUCUGCAGCAGCACCUUCUGCAUUGGCUCGAGGCUAUGAGCCUCAUGAGGGAAUCGAGCAGAUGCGUCGACUCACUCGACAGCCUGCAGGCACUUGCGAGCCCAUCCGCAAAGUUAUUUGCAGCCUUUCUUCACGACGCUAAGCGGUUCGUGCUGCGAUUCCAAUCUGUGCUUACAGAUGCGCCGCUGCAGAUCUAUUACUCCACGCUCGUGUUUGCACCAAAGAACAGUCUUGUACGACAAACCUUUGCAGACCAAGUGCCAGAGAAGGCCAAGAUGCUGUCUGAAACAGAAGCAGAUUGGGACGCGUGUCGCAGCACGCUCGAGGGCCAUUCCUCGGAAGUCACAGCGGUGGCCUUCUCGCCCGACGGGCAGCUGGUCGCCUCGGCAUCCUACGACAACACAGUACGGCUGUGGGAGGCAGCGACAGGGACGCACCGCAGCACGCUCGAGGGCCAUUCUGAUGAUGUCAGUGCGGUGGCCUUCUCGCCUGACGGGCAGCUGGUCGCCUCGGCAUCUGGCGACAACACAGUACGGCUGUGGGAGGCAGCGACAGGGACGCAUCGCAGCACGCUCGAGGGCCAUUCCAAAUUUGUCACGGCGGUGGCCUUCUCGCCAGACGGACAGCUAGUCGCCUCGGCAUCUGGCGACAACACAGUACGGCUGUGGGAGGCAGCGACAGGGACGCACCGCAGCACGCUCGAGGGCCAUUCUGAUGAUGUCAGUGCGGUGGCCUUCUCGCCUGACGGACAGCUAGUCACCUCGGCAUCUGGCGACAACACAGUACGGCUGUGGGAGGUAGCGACAGGGACGCAUCGCAGCACGCUCGAGGGCCAUUCCUUUGAUGUCAGUGCGGUGGCCUUCUCGCCAGACGGGCAGCUAGUCGCCUCGGCAUCUUGGGACAACACAGUACGGCUGUGGGAGGCAGCGACAGGGACGCAUCGCAGCACGCUCGAGGGCCAUUCCGAUGUUGUCAGUGCGGUGGCCUUCUCGCCAGACGGGCAGCUAGUCGCCUCGGCAUCUUGGGACAACACAGUACGGCUGUGGGAGGCAGCGACAGGGACGCAUCGCAGCACGCUCGAGGGCCAUUCCGGGGGAGUCAGGGCGGUGGCCUUCUCGCCUGACGGACAGCUAGUCGCCUCGGCAUCUUGGGACAACACAGUACGGCUGUGGGAGGCAGCGACAGGGACGCAUCGCAGCACGCUCGAGGGCCAUUCCUAUGAUGUCAGUGCGGUGGCCUUCUCGCCAGACGGGCAGCUAGUCGCCUCGGCAUCUGGCGACAACACAGUACGGCUGUGGGAGGCAGCGACAGGGACGCAUCGCAGCACGCUCGAGGGCCAUUCCGGUGGAGUCAGGGCGGUGGCCUUCUCGCCUGACGGACAGCUAGUCGCCUCGGCAUCUUGGGACAACACAGUACGGCUGUGGGAGGCAGCGACAGGGACGCAUCGCAGCACGCUCGAGGGCCAUUCUGAUGAUGUCAGUGCGGUGGCCUUCUCGCCUGACGGGCAGCUGGUCGCCUCGGCAUCUGGCGACAACACAGUACGGCUGUGGGAGGCAGCGACAGGGACGCAUCGCAGCACGCUCGAGGGCCAUUCCAAAUUUGUCACGGCGGUUGCCUUCUCGCCAGACGGGCAGCUAGUCGCCACGGCAUCUGGCGACAACACAGUACGGCUGUGGGAGGCAGCGACAGGGACGCAUCGCAGCACGCUCGAGGGCCAUUCCAACUAUGUCUACGCGGUAGCCUUCUCGCCCGACGGGCAGCUGGUCGCCUCGGCAUCUGGCGACAACACAGUACGGCUGUGGGAGGCAGCGACAGGGACGUGUCGCAGCACGCUUGGAAGCCCUUCUAAGUACAUAACUUAUAUUAAGUUCUCGUCAGAUGGCCAGGUACUUCACACGGACCAAGGCGAUAUUCCUUUGCCUCAAACUACUGUUGUCACAUCGCUCCCAAGGCCGCAGCCGCAGUCCUCCUACGCUGCAGUGCAGGAUCAGUGGAUAUUGCGCAACCAGCAACGCGCCUUGUGGCUCCCGCCAGAGUAUCGAUCAAGCUCGACUGCAGUAUGCGGGGACAUAGCUUGUCUAGGGCUUGUAUCUGGUCGUGUGGUUCUGCUUAGGAUCUCCUAG